AUGAAGUCAAGCGUGGUCCUCGCACUGGGAGUGCUGGCGUCGGCAGCUCCGACGGUGGCUGGGCCCAUUUCGCACGCAGCGUAUCGCCCUGUGAACGUGCAUCGACGACAGUCGGUUGCUCCGGACGGCAGCACGGCGAGCCAGCAGGCGAUCUACCAGCAGGCCUUCACCGAUCCUGUCGGAGCAGCCAAGGCAGCCAACGCGCUGCCGUUCAUCGCAGGCCAGUACGCCACCGGCGGACUGUACCGCUACAACCUCGUCGAGGACAACACCCAGCUGCCCUGGAACGCCAACGUGCCCUUCAUCGCCGAGGCUGCCGUCAACGGAAGCGUCGAUGGCGGCUGGCAGGCGCUGCCCAACAUCGAGGGCAUGACGCUCAACCGCACCUUCGCCGUGCAGCCGGGCGCAGUCAUGCCGUUCUACCAGACGCAGGGCUACGAUGCCUCCAAGGUGAAGCGCGCCGUGAUGGUCAUGCCGGGCAAGCCGCGCGACUGCUGGAAGUACACCUCGCUGGUGCAGAACGCGCUGAACGUCUACACCACCAACCCGCAGAGCGCGGGUAACAACCCCGACGGCACCUCCUCCACCAGCGCCGCCGACAGGACCGCCAAGGACGAGGUGCUCAUCCUCGGCCCGUGCUGGAUGAACUCGGACGACGCAAAGGCGGGUGCGAUCCAGUCGGGCGAGCUCUACUGGCACGGCUCGGAGUGGCAGUCGGGCAUGGCAUCGCGCGGACCGGGUUCGACGGCGCUGUCGUCGUACGAGGUGAUGGACGCGUUCAUGGACACGCUGUUCGACAAGACGCAGUUCCCGGCGCUCGAGACGGUCGUCAUGGCGGGCCACUCGAUGGGUGCGCAGAUGGUGCAGCGCUACGCCGUGGUCAAGCAGCCCGCCGCAUACGACGCCAGCGUGUCGUACUGGGUGGGCAACCCGGGCUCGUACGUCUGGCUCACCUCGACGCGGCCCAACCAGAACAACGCCAGCUGCGCCAACGACUACGACGAGUGGGCGUACGGACUGGACGGCUCGGGCGUGCCCAACUAUGCGCGCGAACGGGUGCGCGACGACCAGAACGCGGUGGUGCAGAUGUUUGCCGCACGCAACGUGCACUACAACUACGGCCUGCUCGACAACGGUCAGGGCGACACGGCGUGCGAGGCGUCGUACCAGGGCGCCAACCACCUCGAGCGCGGCUGCCACUUUGUCGAGUCGGUCGCUGCACUCAACGGUAACGCGCUGCCCAAGACGCACACAGCCAACUUUAUGCCCAACGUCUCGCACGAGGACUACGCCAUGCUCUCGUACAACAUCUCGCUGUAUCGACUGUUUGAAGAGGUGCCCGAGGGGGCCUCCAACGCCACCAACAGCUCGGCCAAGGGCGCCGCUACAAAGGGCCGAGGUGGAUCGUCCAGCGCGGCCGCUCCCCAGGCACUAGUGAACAGCGUGGCGCUGGUCGCCGGCGCCAUGUUUGUGUUCGGCCUCAGCCUGCUUUAG